CCCCUCUGUAUCUCCUUCCCCAUUCAGCCUCAUGUGAGGAAAGAUCGACGGUGUCGCUCCUGCUGCCGGCGCACAGGUUAAGCGGAGAGGAGAAAGCGCCGAGGACUUUUUGUGAACGAGCAAACGGUGCGGGAGGCAGGAUUAGCGGGGCCUCCCUCCGAGGAGGUCGCAUCCGUUCCGUUCUAGCGGAAGAGCCAUGGAGUCCUCCGCGUCCACCGAGGUGGAGAGCAAAGAGCGGAGGAAGAUCCAGUUCGCCGUCCCGGCCUCGGCGGCCACCAACCUGGACCCCCGUCAAGUUGAGAUGAUUCGGCGCAGGAGGCCGACGCCCGCCACCCUCUUCAGAGUAGCCGACCAAGGCUCGCCUGAAGACGAGCAGACCGGCCAUCAGGUAAAGUGGGUCGUGGGUGAGAACGGCGUCCUCAAACCAAAGCGAGUCAAUCCAAACCUGUACCAGCCUCCGUCACUUAAAGCUGUACAGAAGAUGGCCGAAGCGCACAUGCAGAACCUCGGCGUUCGCCCUCCUCUGGAGCACCCUCGCGAGGGCGAGGAGGACGACGACCUCUGGGAAGGAGCCGCCGACCAGCAGGAGUCGGUGAGCGGCGGGCCGCCGGAAGCGGCGGCCGGCGCCCAGGAGAGCCGAGGGCCGAUCCGGGCCUCGCGGGCGGAGGAGGAAGUUGAGGAAGAGGGCCCGACGACAGAGGAGAGCAAGUCGCUAGGGACUAAAUGAGCAAAUAUUCAAAGGAGCCCGCUCACCUCCCUUUUUGCUUCUCGAGCUGAGGUCGCGUAAGUGCCCGCGGAGCAGUCCGAACAUCCGUCUUUUUGCAAUUCAAUUGAAAAACAAAGCUCUUCAGUGUACUCUGUCGUGUUCCGCUUCAUUGCAAAAUGACACCUGUUUAACAUUUCCAUGGUUUUGAGUACAGUGAAACCUCUGACAGAAUCAGAAUAUGAGUGUGGCGAGAUUUGCAAACCGGAAGUAAUAAAAGGGAAAACGGCAUCAUCAUUUCUCUCCUAACCUGAUGGGCCUGAAAAAAGCACCCGUUUUUUUUUCAAUUCAAUUUUAUUUGUAAAGCCCUAGAUCACAACAAGGUUGUCUAAAAGGGCUUUGCAGAGGUAAUGUGAUACACAGUUCGAAACAGCAGAUGAAAUAAAAAAAGGUCAAGUCCUGGGCAUCCCCCAUCCUUCGACCCUCCAUGUCGGCAAGGAAUAACUCCAAAACUCCUUGGGAAAAAUGAGAAACCUUGGGGAGUACCAAAGUCAGGAGAGAGCCACUCCCAGGACGGAUAGACACGAUGCCCCAGGAAUGCUACUGGGAAUUAGCAGACGGAGUUACAGUUUGUAAAGAUGCAAUAGAGUAAGGGAACAAGAAGAGGUCCAUCUAGCCAGAUGAGACUGGGGGGAGGGUAACGAGGACGUCCAUCCAGCCAGUGGUCUGGAUAGUCAGGAAGGCUGCAGCUGAAAAAGGGGACACCAGGUGACUAGUGAUGAAGUGACUUUUUUGAACCUCAGACAUUCGUAUUGGUAUUUAACUGGAAUCCAAGCGAUUACUGACAACACAACGACCGACACACGCUGCAUAUUCGUUAUGGAAAAGGAGUUUGAGUUGCCCUCGCUCAUCCGUCCUAGGGGGAAUCCCCGCCACCAUCAUAAGGGCUGUUCCCAAUGCUUAACUUGUAAAUCAUAAGUUGCCGGGACGCAAAGUACAUAUGACAGCGGAAGGAUGACGAGACGGGCACGGGUCCCGGAACAUAUGCAGAAAAUGGUGCUGAAAACAACACGCAAAUGACCACUUGCCAUUCUGUGGGACUUACAAGCCUCAAUUGCCAUGGUAGUAUAAAUGUUAUGGCAACAAUUUGCAAUUAUUUAGGCUAUACUCUGCACAGCACUGGCAAUUGCCCACAUAACCACAGGUGGGACUUCAGUACACAGUCAGGAAUUAGUUUCUCAACAGGUCUAACUUAUAUAAACCCCCCCAACUUAUAAAGUUCCCACUGCCUUACAAAUUCUGCAGCCCAAACCCGAAUUUCCCAUAAGGGUACUGGCCUGUUGCGGCAGCUGUUGGUGGUCCACACAGCUGACUGCUGACGCUGUAGCCGGCCCCUACUCCCGGUGGCGCUGAACCUGACCGGCUGCUGCCACAGUAGCAGCCUCCCUUGCCGGCUUUGCCGUCUGUCCGUGAACCUGGCUGGCUGCUGUGGCGCUAGCCUCCUGCUGUUAGCAUGCCUUCUCCGUGCGCACGAUCGCUGCAGCUGCCCUCAUCACCGGUUGUUGCUUUUCUGACUUGUUUUGAACCAUCUUCUUUCUUUUUGAAAAAAAGACCGUAAAUUUAUUUUGGCAUGUUGAAAUACUGUUUGAUCUUGGCUGCUUGCUCCCCAGAUGCUACAAAUUUCCCAAGUUAAAAUUUUUUUUUUUUUUUUUUUAAAUGUCAAUUGUGUGAUUUGUUGGUCCGCCUUUUCAGUGCAUCAACAAAUUUCCCACUCUUUCAAAUGACGUAAAAUUUUUCUAAAAACGUGCAAUUCUUGGGAUUUGCUCUGUAAUGAAUUUAUGCAUAUGAUUAUUUUAUUUUAUAUGUUUUUAGAAAACGUUUUUAUAUUAUUAUUAUUCCCUAUACACGAGAGGUGCCGGAUCUGCCCAAAUAAGUCCUGGAACACAGGGAGGCCAAAAUCAAGAGGCGCCGGGUCUCGUUCCGGCAGGAUCCGGCUGUUCCAUUUCUCUAAACGGCUGAAGUGAACUUGGCGAGAUCGGCUCUCGAUCGGGUCAACAACGAUGGUCACUCCAGACCUGUAUGUCAGCCACAAUGCAUAGAGACGGUGCACGAAAAAUGUGUCCACGCGGUGGCGACAAUGAACCUCAAAGACUGUCGUGUGCUGUCUAUUUUCCACCAAAGGGAGGAGGAUGGUGGUAGUAACAGAGCUAAUAAUCAGGAAAACACAAUCUAGAACUAAAGUCAACUAAAGUAGGUUAAAUGUAUUUAAACAACAAAACUGUCCACAAAUUAUUAGGUAAAGACAAAUGAAUUGCCCAAACAAAAAUUCUAAAUUCUGGUAAUUACCAGGUACUUACAUAUUGCCAUCAAGCGGAAAAUACGUCUCCGUCUUAAUGACAUGAGUCUCUGUACGUUUUGGGUGAUUUGGAAUAGGUACGCUAACAACAAGAUUGUCUGGCCUGUGAGUGAACGAGGUGUUCCAUAUACUACCUCUGACCUCCAAGUGGCCUCCGUGUGACUCAAAGCAAGAGCUGAGGGCGAGUGAGUGACGGCGACUCAAAACUGUUUUAGGAACGCAGCCCCGGUUUCUUCCUUUUUCCCCAGAUGGAGUUUGCCCGAUUUGGGGCUUAGAUCAGGGACUCUCUCGUAGCCCAUAAAGAGUUGUCUUUUUGUGAUUAAGGGCUAUGUAAGUACUGGAAAUCAAAUUGGUCUUGAUUUUUUUUCCUCACCUAGCUUCAAGUAUGUCGACCUCAGUAAUGACUAGCUGAUCCCUGAAGAUGGCAUAGAGGAUCACAUUGCAUCGCUUCAGAUUAUAAAUCGGCACAGCUUUUCCGUAGGGGAUUGAUAUGUGCUGAAUUAGUUUCUUUGAUUGCGAGAGAGAAACGGACAGACUCGUCAAAAGUAGGAUAGUUUUAGGAACUUAAGGCAUAGCUUAAAAAGAUGUAAAGCAUAUUUAUGGUAAAAACUACUAGUGUCAAAGCAAUGAAUUUGGUUCCAACCUUUUCACCUAUCUGAUCUUCUAAAGUGUGAUCAGUGGGCCAGAAGCCGUUUGUUUCAGGAAAAAAAAAAAAAUCAUUGCUUAAACUGUGCUGUAUUGGUUGGAACCAAAUCCAGGACCCUUUGUGGAAUUGCUUUGACACCCCUGGUAUAAAUGACCUGUGACGUGUGCGUCACAAUGGCGCAAUUAAGCCAUAAAAACAUCGACACUGAGGUUCCACAGUUUUCUUUUAAUGGAGCAGAUUGGUAAAACAACUUCAUUGACCAUGGCAUCAUUUGACUUCCUCCUUACCAACCUGCUCAAUGACAGUUUGUCAAUCGGCGUGGUGCAUCAUGAUGACUUCAGAGGUUUCACUGUAAAGCGUUUCAAAACAGGUUACACUUAAGUGGAAUAUACCGCCACCUGGUGGCUCAACUUUACCCCCCCCCCCCCCCCAAUGAAUUAAUCAGCCUUUUCCCGAUGUUUAGAUGUAACAAACAAAAUUGUGGAAGAGUCUACUUUGUGUAGUUGAUUUGAUUUUUUUGCUUUCAAAGGCAAAGCUACCUCGCUGAUAUGGCUUUUCAACCAAAUUUCCUUGUAUGCUUACCUUUUUGACAUCACCUGACAGGUUUGCAAAUCAUCAAAACAGUCACCCACCGGUCUGACAUUUCUACAAAACGGAUCUUUUUCCCAUGUACCAUUCUUUUGCGCUGCUGUUUGUAAGAAGAAAAAAAAAAAGCUGACUGGAAUAGUGCGCACCUGAGUUAUUCAAACCUGUUUCCCUCCUCUUUACUCUCCUUUGUCUUCGAUUCAAGGGAUGCCUGAGCUCACGACUCUUGAUUUUUGCUUGUUUUCCUUUGGCUUGUUUUGAAAUGUGUUUUCAAUUCUCCAACUUUAAAAUACAAUGUCAGAAUAAAACACUCUUUCCUUAC